AUGGCUACAGGUAAGGGAACGACUUCGCGCCCAGCCAGACUCCAGUUCAAACAAAAACUCGUCUCGUCACAGAAACCAUUUUCCACUGCAGAACUAUUAAAGAGACUAAAGAAUUUAUUUGGAGAAGUUUCCGUUAUGGAUCAAGAUCAGGUUGACUUAGAUUCUUUAAAAGGCGUGACUCGCGACUUAAUUAAUGCAAAUUUAAUAGGCCAUAAGGAUUGGGGAGUAAGGGCUUAUGUAGCUUGUUGUAUAUCGGAUCUGCUAAGACUUUACGCACCAGAUGCACCAUAUACGGUCCAUGAACUCAAAGACAUUUUUGUAUUUUUUGUUCGUCAAUUGCAAAAUAUUGCCAAUAAAGAUGGACCUUAUUUUGAUUUAUAUUUUCAUUUGCUUGAAAAUUUAGCAAGAGUUAAAAUAGUAUUAUUGAUAUUAGAUCUUCAAAACUAUGAAGAACUUUUGACUGAAUUAUUCAGAGAUUUUUUUGAUAUCAUUAGGUCAGAUAUGUCGAAUAUUGUUCAAUCACAUAUGAUAGACAUUCUUGAACAAUUAAUUAAUGAAAGUAAUGGACUGCCUCAAGAUGUGAUCGAUAUAAUACUUGCACAAUUUUUAAAAAAACGAAAAGAUGAAAAUCCAGCAGCUUAUAAAUUAGCUAGCGAGGUUUGCAGGCAUGCAACAGACAAAUUACAACGAUAUGUUUGUCAAUAUUUUACAGAUGUUAUUGUUGCAGCCGGUAAAAAUGGGACAUCUGCAGAAGAACUGAAUGAUUUCAAAACAGCCCAUGAUCUUAUUAAAGAGUUAAAUAGGACAGCACCGGGCUUAUUGUUAAACGUUAUACCCCAAUUAGAAGAGGAAUUGAAAUUGGACGAUACUCCUUUACGUCUGCUUGCCACACAAGUUCUUGGAGAAAUGUUUUCCGAGAAAAAUUCCACUUUAGCAAGUCGUUAUGACAAUGUUUGGAAGAUGUGGCUACUUAGACGAAACGAUAAAAUACCGGAUGUCCGAUGUGCUUGGACAGAAUAUUGUUUGCCUCUUUAUAUUAAUCAUCACGAACUGGCCAAACAGAUAAAUGAGGCAAUAAUCUCCAAAAUAUCAGAUCCUGACGAUAAAGUUAGAGUUGCUGUAUGUAAAGUUUUUGGGCAAUUAGAAUAUGAGUGUGCUUCCAAACUUGUGGGAAAAGAAUUAUUUAUUGAACUAGCCAAACGAUGCCGUGAUCGUAAACACGGAGUUAGACAGGAGGCAAUUAAAGCUUUAGCGCGAUUAUAUAAUAUGGCUUACAUUGAAAUUGUAGAUCAUGAUGCGAACGCGAUUGAAAAGUUUGGGUGGAUUCCCUCAGAAAUACUAAAUAUUCUUUAUAUAAAAGAUAACGAAAUUAAUGUUUGUGUUGAAAAGGCAAUGUACGAGGAGAUAUUAACAUCCAACAAUGGAGAUUCGGCGCGUAUGGAUCGAAUCAUUGUUGUCUUUGGGUCACUUGACCCAAAAGCUAAGAAAGGAUUCUUCUCUUUGUUCCAGAGGCAAAGAGAGUAUGUUUUUUGUAUAUAUUUAUAUGAGUUUCUUUCUUGGGAUGACUCCAAUAAUGAAGAUAGCGAAAAACUGUCGAAUAUUUUGAAUCAAGUCAUUGAACGUAUUUCAGGCAAACUCCCUGAUUCAGAAAAAUCGAAAAAUCAUUUGUCAGCAUUUGCAAAACUUCGGGAUACUCGUGUAUAUAAGUUAAUCAGAGAUUGUAUGAAUCCACAAUCAGAUUAUAAAACUGUCCGAAAAUCUGCCAAAGAUGCGAUUAAACACAUUGAACAAAUAGCCGCAUCAUCACUUGAAACAUUUUCGAUCUUGAUACGACGUGUUAGUUUAACAACCAUUAAUAGGGACUUGGUUCCUUUGCUUAUGAACAAAAUUAAAUCCGUUGAUGGAGAGCAGCAAAAUGAGCACUCGAUCAUAGCUCAUGAAUUGUUUACGGAUAUAUCUUCCCGAUUUCCCGCUAUAUUUCGAUCACAUUUUGAAAAGCUAACUACUCUUCUUAAGGAAGAAGAUGAAAGCUCGAUGAUAGUUGAAGAUAGCCUAGAGGCACUUUCUAAACUGGCCAAAGCAUUUCCUGAUGAAGCAUAUCAGGAUAGUGAAACUAUACAACGUUAUAUGCAAUUUGCACUAAACGGGUCUCCACGUCAGGCUAAAUUUGCGGCCAUAAUUCUGACUCAUAUUCGACAGAAACAACAAUUAUGUAGUGAUUUAUUCAAAGUAGAUACAAGAUUCUUUUUGACAAAUGCUUUACUAUUAUUUAUUUGUUAUUAUAUUCACCAAUUAUGUUUUUUCAUUAUUUAUUUCCGUAAUUCUCAGAAAAUUAUCCCCAAUCUUAUGGUAACUUCGCCAAAUAUUUUAUCGUAUCUUUCUGUGCUCAGCCAAUGUGCACUUUAUAUGCCCACGACAUAUGAGCAACAAAGUGAUACAAUUACGAAUUUCAUAGUCAAAGAACUAAUUAUGAAAAAUCGUAAUAAGGCAACUCCUGGAGAUAAAGCCGAAUGGGUUGACGAUGACGAGCUUGAUGACGAAUGUAAAGCAAAGGUAUUGGGUUUAAAAGUUCUCGUGAACCGUUUGCUUGCUAUAGCAGAAACAGAGAGUGCUCAAGAUUUAGCAAAGCCUGUUUUUAAGUUGCUUUGGACAUUAAUAAGAGGAGGCGGUGAGCUCAUUUCUGAUAAAUCUACAAGACCAUCAUUUCAGAGUCGUUUACGGUUAGUUGCUGUACACUCUGUAUUGAAACUUGCAAGGAAGAAGAUUUAUGAUUCAAUGAUUUCUGCCGCAGAAUUACAAGAGCUAGCAUUAAUGAUACAAGAUCCAUGUUAUCAUGUUCGUUUUGCGUUCGCUUCACGGCUGAUAAAAUAUUGUGGUGGAUAUCAUCUUAACGCGCGAUUUUUAUCCAUAUUUUUUUUAAUUGCGCAUGACCCGGAUGAAACAAUUCGCGAAAUGGUCAAAGUUUUCCUGAUAAGACACUCUCUUGCAUCAAAGGCAAUUCGUGACAAAUCAAUGCAUUUCGAAAUGUCUUUGGUUCGGCUUAUUCAUCUCCUUUCUCAUCACCCUGAUUUUUCCCGUGAACCAGAUAUUCUCAAUGAAUUUGUUGCGUAUAUAGACUUCUUCUUAGAUACUAUUGCAAAUGCCGAGAACGUAUCUUUCUUGUUAUAUAUAACUGGUAGAUUGAAACAAGUUCGCGAUGCGCAGACUUUGGAUCAAAGCGAGAAUUUAUACGCUUUGAGUGAUUUGACUGAAUACCUUAUCCGUAUUAAGUGUAAGUCUUGUUCUUGGAGCUUGCCUACAUUUCCUGGACAUGUCAAACUUCCCGAGGACUUAUUUAAAAACCUACCGAACCCUGAGGUUAUAUCGGAGGUUUGUGCAUAUCUAAUAGUAAAUUUACUUUUACGAGAACUAUUUUACUAA